AUGCAGAUCUUCCGCCUCGUUAUCGUUGCCGUUGCCGCGUUCGCCAUGCAGGGCGCGCACGCCGGUUCUAGCACGACGGCGCUGCAGAACUCGGAUGUCGCCCAGACGUCUACGAAACAGGGUGUCACCACCAAGAGCUCAAUCUCCACGGGCUCUGCCCCGGGCCUCGCUGCCGGCACCACCGGCGGUGGCAACAUCGCCCCCGUGUACCCCGCGUCGCUCAACGACCUGAGGAACUACCUCCAGGACUCGCAGCCGCGCGUCAUCGUGCUCACCAAGACCUUCGACUUCCGCGGCUCGGAGGGCACGAAGACCGAGACGGGCUGCCGUCCCAAGAGCCACCGCGACUGCCUCGCCAAGAACAACGGCUACAAGGGCCAGGACGUCAUCCUGCAGAGCGGCGGCUUCGCUAACACGGGCGGCUGCGUGCAGGGCACGUCCGUCAAGAUCACGUACGACAUCGCGGCCACCAAGAACCCGCUCAUCGUCUCGGACAACAAGACCCUGCGCGGCCUCGGAACGAACGGAGUGAUCAAGGGCAAGGGUCUGUGGCUCCGCGGCAACAACAUCAUCAUCCAGAACAUUCACAUCACGCAGCUCAACGCGCACCUCAUCUGGGGCGGCGACGCUAUCUACAUCCAGGGCCUCAACGGCGGCAAGACCCCCAUGGAGCGCGUUUGGAUCGACCACGUUAAGAUCUCCAACCUCGGCCGCCAGAUGAUCGCCACGGGCUCGGCCAGUGUAAAGAGCAUGACCAUCAGCAACUCCGAGUUCGACGGCCGCACGCAGUACUCGGCCACGUGCGACGGCAACCACUACUGGACCUUCCUCUUCCUGGGCACGCAGACGCAGGUGACCCUCGUCAACAACUACGUGCACAACACGUCGGGCCGCUCGCCCAAGGUCGCCGAGAACUCGAUCGUCCACGCUGUCAACAACUACUGGGUCAACAACACGGGCUUCUCAUACGACGUGCUGCAGAACGGCAACGUGCUGCUGGAGGGCACCUACUUCGAGAACACGGCCAUCCCUAACAAGCACGACGCCGAGACUGUGGGCGCCAUCAUCGCGCCGUCCUCGACCAUGCAGUCGGCGUGCAAGAACGCGCUGGGCCGCAACUGCGUCGAGAACGUCGUGUCCAACUGCGGUACGCUGACGGGCUACCGCGAGUCGGCGGCUCUGGCCAACUCCAAGAAGGUGGCCAGCUACUACAAGCCCACGUCCGCCAAGAAGUUCGGCACCACCAGCCAGAACUUUGGUGUGGGCCAGAUCUAGAUCGUUUGAAAACGAUAGUUUGUAAAGCUACCGA